CCAAACGGCUCCCAUCGCACGAAAUUCACCCAGUAGCCGUUGACGGCUCUUUAGGUGACGGAUUGAGUCCAGAAUCAACAAUUUUCUUUUCCCGUUUUCGUUUAUUUUUUUAGGGGGGGAAAAGGAACAAGAAAGAGGUUAGAAAGCUACACCGUAGCAGCGAAGCUAAGCUUAUUCUGCGAUACAACCUCGAGACAAGUCGGGACAAGACCAGUCUCAGGGCUCACCAUACUCAAUGAGCGGACAGCGCAAUGUCAGAGCGCUCUGGGCAAACUGCAAAGGGGAAGGAAGGCAAAACCAAGUAUGCGUCUCUCAACUUGUUUGAUACAUACAAAGGAAAGAGCCUUGAAACACAAAAGCCUGUUGUUCCCCCCCGCCAUGGCCUGCAGUCUCUUGGUAAAGUUGCCUCCGCGCGGCGCAUGCCACCACCUGCCAACCUGCCCAGUCUGAAGGCGGAGAACAAAGGCAACGACCCCAACGUCUCGCUCGUUCCCAAAGACGGCACAGGAUGGGCAAGCAAACAGGAACCAGCAGACCCAAAGAGUACCGAUGCAUUGUCAGCACCGCAGCCGGAGUCGCAGCAGCCUGUGGCUUCACAGAUAGCUGCACCGACCCGCCCGAGAACCCCACCAGUUUCAGAGGCUCUGGCCCCACCUUCAGCACAGGCCGUAGGGGCAAGGUCGUGGGCACAGGCCAGCGUUACACAUGGAACACAAGGGGAUGGUGGAAAGGGAUCAAACCUACCGUCGCCGUUCUCUCGCGAGGAAUUUCCCACCCUGCAGUCGGCUGGCGACCAGGACAAAGCUGGCAGAGAACCGGCCACUGCAGAUCAGUGGUAUGGGCCCGGACCAAGCCUCCGCCCCCAGAACGUUACAAGUUGGCGGGACGGUGGGGGCCGAGCCUUGGCGCCCACCCUGCCUGGGGAGGGGGCAGCGGAGGGGGGCACAGGUGGAGCGCUGGUGAUGGAUGGGACAGCUGGGGUCCCCCAUCCAAACCCCCAGAUCCAAGGGCCACCUAGGAAUCCCCCUGCAGGCAGCCCCGCCUUGCCCCUGCCCCAACCCCCCGUGGGGCCCGGGUUUCCUCCAUAUCGAGGGAUCAUGCCACCCUUCAUGUAUCCCCCCUAUCUCCCGUUCCCGGGCCCCUAUGGCCCUCAGGGGCCCUACAGGUACCCGCCACCUGGGGAGGGGCCACCUCCAAGGUUCUCUCGUGGACAGGGGCCCGACGGCAGGGCCCAGGGCGGCCCUCGGGACUCAGGGGAGGUGGUGAAACGCCCCUCCAUCUUGAAGCAGGACGACCUGAAGGAGCUGGAUGAGCUGGACCACGACGGAGACGACGGCUGGGCAGGUACGGAAAGAAACGGGCUCUGUUGCAGCUCUGACACAAAUCAAAUAAAUGUUGUCGGGAUAAAAUGGCGCUGAGGUUUUUAUGUUUUC